AUGGAUGCUCUCUAUCAUGUACUCAGCACUCGUCAGGCUUCUACCAAUGCCAACGACGACCAGAACAUCGGAUCAAGCAGGAAGAGCUCUCCUUCAUUAUCAGGCCUGGUCUCAACCCUGGUGCCGACUCUCAUCAUCGCUGUCGUCUAUUUCGGUAUUUUCUUGGUUUUGCGCAGGAAAUUCCCCCGGCAAUAUGCGCCUCGAACAUAUCUGGGCGCUCUGCGUCCGCAAGAAAGAACUCCAGCACCCCCCAAUUCUCUCCUUGGCUGGAUUCCGUUCAUGAGAAAGCUACCCGAUGAGUAUGUCCUCCAGCACAACUCCCUCGACGGCUAUUUCCUGCUGCGCUAUCUGAAAAUGUCUAUUAUCAUCUGCCUCAUUGGCUGUCUGGUGACCUGGCCCAUCUUGUUCCCUGUCAAUGCCACUGGUAACGGUGGCCAAACCCAGCUCAACAUCCUCAGUUUCAGCAACGUGACAGACAAGAACCGGUAUCUGGCCCACACUUUCAUCGCCUGCAUAUUCAUCAGCUUGGUGUUCUUUCUCGUAACCCGAGAAAUGAUCUACUAUAUCAACUUACGACAGGCGUACCUUUUGUCUCCACUAUACGCUUCAAGGAUCUCUUCUCGUACCGUGCUCUUCCAGGCUGUCCCGAAUGAGUACGCCAAUGAAGCAAAGAUCCGCCGCAUGUUUGGGGACGAGUUGAAGAACGUCUGGGUCGCCGCAGACGCCAAGAAGCUGGAAGACAUGGUCGAAGAUCGCCACAAAAUAUGCAUCAAACUAGAAACCGCCGAGACAAAAUUGAUCAAACUCGCGAAUGACGCACGGCUGAAGCGCCUGAAAGGCCAGCAACAGACUGCAGAGCCACCCAUGAUUAAUGAGGACGAAGAAUAUGGAGCCGAGUCUGGUGCCGCCGCUGCUCGAUGGGUUGGUCCGAAGCAGCGACCUACCCACCGUUUGAAACCGUUGCUUGGCAAGAAAGUCGACACAAUCAACUGGUGUCGAGAAGAGAUUGCGAGGCUCAACCCACUGAUCGACGUGGAACAGGAGAAAUAUCGUGCCGGUGAAGCGUUACCCAGGAAUGCUGUCUUUGUCGAGUUCUGGAAUCAGACGCAGGCUCAAAGCGCCUUCCAAAUGGUUACGCAUCACCAGCCUCUGCACAUGUCGCCGCGAGUCGUUGGCCUCAGCCCCGAAGAAAUUGUCUGGUCUAACUUGGGUAUUACGUGGAAAACUAUCGCCAUUCGCAACAUCAUCGCUCUGGCCAUAGUCACAGCCCUGAUUAUCUUCUGGUCAAUCCCGGUCGCAUUUGUAGGCUCUGUUUCGCAGAUUACCUACCUGACCGAGGUAGCACCGUGGCUGAGUUUCAUCAACAAGUGUCCCAAGGUCAUUCUCGGCGUUAUCACCAACCUAUUGCCUGUCAUCAUGUUGUCGAUUUUGAUGUCGCUGGUCCCUGUCAUCAUGCGAUUCAUGGGCAAAUUCGCUGGCAGGCCAACCCUCUCGUUGAUUGAACUGUUUUGCCAGGAGUCCUACUUCUGGUUCCAACUGAUACAGGUCUUCCUGGUCACCACCAUGACCAGCGCAGCCAGCGCGGCAGUGCCUCAGAUAAUUAAGCAACCAGGAUCCAUAACGACGUUGUUGGCCCAGAAUCUACCAUUGGCGUCGAACUUUUACAUUUCGUACUUUAUCCUCCAGGGACUUGUCUUUUCGUCGGGUCAAUUACUCCGGAUUGUGGGCUUAAUAUUGUUCAACGCCCUUUCAAAGAUCCUGGACAAGACUCCGCGGAAAAUGUACAAUCGAUGGUCGAGCUUGUCUUCGGUGGGUUGGGGCAAUGUAUUCCCUGUUGUUGAAUUGAUGACUGUCAUUUCGAUAGCUUACGCUCCGAUUGCACCGCUCAUGCUUGGAUUUGCUCUCAUCGGACAGGCCCUCUUUUACUUCGCUUAUCGAUACAACCUUCUCUUCGUCGACAGUUCCGUCAUUGACACCAAGGGACUUGUCUACGCCAAAGCGCUUCAGCACACACUUGUUGGUUGCUACCUAGCAGCAAUCUGCCUCAUUGGCCUGUUUGGCAUCAGAGCAGCUCCCGCUCCAUUGGUCAUCAUGAUCAUCUUCUUGAUCUUGAUGGUUCUUUACCAUAUCUCUCUCACCUCAGCCAUCCAUCCGCUCUUGCACUACCUCCCUCGCUCUCUCGAAGCUGAAGAAGCCGCGCUACUCUCCACCGAAUCAGCGAUCAUGACCGGUUCCGAGACUCAGACACCGAGAUCCAAGAACUCCCGACACUCCAAAAACGGCACAGAAGAGCUCCUCUCGUCUAAAGAGCCCUUCCCUGCCGCCAACUCUGUCCGCAAACCGGGCAUGAUGGCCAUGCUGAAACGUUUCUUCCGCCCUGACAUCUACGCGUCGUAUCGCAUUUUACGAAACCUCGUACCCCAAGAGUUUGCCGAAAUACGCUAUUCUCCCGAGACUGAGAGAGACGCAUAUCAAGACCCGGCGGUCAACGCUGUUGCGCCAUUGCUUUGGGUCCCCAGGGAUGUCAUGGGUGUCAGUAGGCAAGAGUGCUUGCAUACAAAUAAAGUGACUCCGAUGACGGACGAAGGGGCCGGUUUCGACGAGAAGGGCAAGAUUCGCUGGGAUGAAGACGAGACUGGAGGCAGGGCGCCGAUCUUCGAAGAGAAGAUCUACUACUGA